CGAGGCGCGCCAGUAAUGAUGUUGAACCGCAGCUCAUAAAUAGCUGAGGAGAAGCAGGCUUGAUCUCCGCUGCGAUCUCCUUGGCUGGCGCUACCCGUGGCGUCCAUCCGCAGAGCUCAUCUCUGGGCUGGCACCCGAGCCAUGCAGUGACUGAGGAGAUCCGGUAGAGAGAUCGGCCCAAGGAUCCCUUCCCCUUGGCCUCCUUUCUCCCAGCUGCGACGGGGCGAGUCCAGCAGGUUACUUCAACAGGCAAGGGCACCCUUAGCUCCGGGGCAAGAUGCAGCGGCAUCCCGGGCUCCUGUUUGUCGGCUUGAUCUUUUGUGCUGCUCUCUCAGAGACGUUUGGGCUGGUUUUAUCCGCUAAAGAGAAAAGGGGAUGGACUAUGAAUAGUGCUGGCUAUCUGCUUGGCCCACGUCGUAUUGAACAGCUCCUCAAGGAAAUGCCCAGUGCAAGGGGGAGAGAAGAGCCACCUGGGGAAUAUGCAAUAGAAAGAAUUUUUAGUGUCAAGCAUGGUUUAGCUGGUAAACGUGACAUAAACCUCGAAGAAAAUGUAAAAGCAGAUACUUCCACAAGACUGCUGACAUAUAACAAUAUUAUGCGUACAAUAAUUGAAUUCUUGGCCUAUCUACAUCUUAAAGAAGCCGGGGCUCUUGACAACAUAGUUACAACAGUUUCUUCAGAAGAAAGAGAUCAGUCCUGAAAGAGACAGCAUUUAUACUCUGAAUUGCUCUCAUCUGAACCCUGAACAAAAUAAGAUGUUAUUUAUUGUUUACAAUGACCUUACACUUUGGCUGAUUGUCAAGUUCUUUUCUCCUCAGUGAUGUUAUAAGAUUUAUCCUUAAUAAAAACAAUUGCUUUGGAUAAAUGAAAAUAAUAAAAAAAAUAGCAGCUACUUCUUGGGCUACUUUUCCUAGGGAAAUGGGGCUUCUGUUCUUUUAAAUCUCUCAUUUCAGAGGAAGUGGAGAAAUCUCAUUUUACUUUAAACCAAAAAAGGCACACAAUAAACAAUUUAAUUUG